UUUUCUUCCUCGUCGUAUUCGUCUUCACAGCUGACUCCUCUGGCGCUACCUUUUGCACUGUUUCUGAGCGGGGUGUGCUGCCAAAGAUUGGUCUACCGGCCGGCCACCACCUGCUGGAUUCAUCGGGCCAUCGAUCGCUUCUCUCGCCGGUUAGCCUGCCGGCCAGCUGCAUGCCGUGAGGUCGUGCUCCCAAGACUUGGUUGCUCUAGAUUCCUACCUCUGCUGUGGCUUUUCAUCUCUGCUCUUGGCCGGAUUUCGCAGGUCUCCUCUAUCUGUUCGCGGCUUGAUUUGUUGCCAAUUGCAAGCCAUGGACGUCGUGACGGGGGCGAUGACCAUGCUCCUGCCCAAGCUGGGCGAUCUGCUCGCGGAGGAGUACCAGCUGCAGGCGAGCGUCCGGGACGACGUCGCCUUCCUCAAGGCCGAGCUGGAGAGCAUGGAGGCGGCGCUCCUCCGGAUCUCCGAGGCGCCGAUCGACCGGCCGCCCGACGCCCAGGACAGGAUCUGGGCGCGGGAGGUCCGGGAGCUCACCUACGACGUCGAGGACUGCGUUGAGGCCUUCCUCGUGCGCCUCCACCACCACGCGCCCAAGAACGACCUGCAGGGACUCAGGGGAUUCAUCGACAGAGGCCUCAGCCUGCUCAAGAGGGCCAAGAUUUGCCGUGACAUGGGCGCCGAUGUCAGGGACAUCAAGAGACGCAUCGUUGAGGUCAGCGAGCGCCGCGUCAGGUACAAGGUUGACGGUGUUGCUGCGAAGCCUGGCGGCCCGACCGUCGACAGCCUUCGGCUGUCGGCUCUGUACGGCAAGGCGACCGAGCUUGUCGGUACCCGUGAGAGGAGUGAUGAGUUGGUCAAGAUACUGAUGGAGUGUGAUGAGGCAUCGAAGCUACGGCUGAAGGUGGUUUCUGUAGUUGGGUUUGGAGGAUUGGGCAAGACGACCAUUGCUAAAAUAGUUUACGAGAAGCUGAAAGGGCAGUUUGAUUGCGCGGCUUUUGUUACCAUCUCUCUUGAUCCUAACAUGGAGAAGGUAUUCAGGAACAUGCUUUGUCAACUUGUCCAUGAAUGUAAUAUGAGCAAUUCAACGCGUGGUGGUGAAGCACAAAUCAUCAACGAACUUAGAGAAUUCCUCCGAAACAAGAGGUACUUGAUUGUUAUUGAUGACAUAUGGAGUUAUUCAGUGUGGAACACAGUCCAAUAUGCUUUGAUUGAGAAUGAAUGUGGAAGCAGAAUAAUUACAACAACUCGCAUUCUUGAUGUUGCCAAACAAGCUUCUGCUAGUGUCUAUCAACUAAAACCUCUUUCUCUUGCUGAUUCAAGAAAUUUAUUCUACCAUAGAAUAUUUGGCAUUGAAGACAAAUGUCCUCCUAAUCAAUUAGCUGAAGUAUCUGAGAAUAUUUUAAAGAAAUGUGGCGGUGUACCUUUAGCUGUUAUUACAAUAGCUAGUCUAUUAACAAGUAAAAUGAGAAAGGAAAAUACAGAGAAGUACUGGUAUGAAGUAUAUCAAUCCAUGGGUUCUGGACUAGAAGAAAGCAUAGAUGUGAAGAACAUGAGAAGGAUAUUAUGUCUUAGUUACUAUGAUCUGCCGCCACAUUUGAAGACUUGCUUAUUGUAUCUAACUCUAUAUUCAGAGGAUUAUGGUAUAAUGAGAGAUGACGUCAUAUGCAAAUGGGUAGGUGAAGGUUUUGUCCGGAAACAACAUGGGAAAACUUUGUAUGAAGUAGGAGAGGAGUACAUUGAAGAUCUCAUCAGAAAAAAUAUGAUCCAACCGAUGCUCUAUAACCAUGAUAAUAAGGUAUGGUCUUUUUGUGUGCAUGAUAUGAUGCUUGAUCUAAUCACUUCCCUCUCAGAGGAGGAGAAUUUUCUAAAAGCAUUAGGUGGUUCGCAGCCAAUAUCUGUGCCAAGUAAGAUCCGCCGACUGUCCCUUCAAAACAUUAAGGCCAAAGGUAGAAGGCAGGUGGAAACCAUGAACUUGUCCCAUUUGAGAUCACUUAUUGUGUCACCGGAAGCAUUCGCUUUGUUACCAGCCCUUUCCAACUUUCCCGUCAUACGGGUGUUGGAUUUAUGUGGUUGUAGUCAGGUGGAUAACAAUCACUGCAAGCAUAUUUGCAAUUUGUUUCACUUGAGAUAUCUAAAUCUAUCUUGUACAUCUAUCACUGAGAUACCAAAUGAGAUUGGGAAUCUACAGCUUUUGCAGUUUUUAAACUUAGACAGGACCAACAUAAAAGAGCUUCCACCAACAUUUGUUCACCUUAGACAACUAGAGUACAUGUGUAUUGACAAUCGGACUAGAUUACCAGAACGCUUUGGGAAUCUGAAGUCUCUGCAGAUGUUAUUGGCACAGUUAACAAUUAGGUCUCCAAUCAUGCUGCAUGAUUUGGGCAAGCUGACCGAGAUGAGAACUUUGAUGAUUCGCUUCGAUAAAUGGGAUGAGAGCUUUGAGGAACCUUUUGUCCAGUGUCUAUCAAACCUUGUAAAUCUUGACUCACUGAAGAUAUUUGCCUGCCAUAAUGGACUAGGUUCCCGUAUUGGCAUGUUAAUACCAGGUCCUCAGCAGCUCCGAUCCAUUAACAUAGGACCCGGCACCAUCUGUAGGGUGCCAAGAUGGAUGUCAUCGCUCUCUUCCCUGACCGACCUAGAUAUCACAUUAUUAACACUGGGAGAGGAGGACCUUCAAAUCCUUGGAAACGUACCAUCUCUUCGUAAUCUCUAUGUCUGGGUGAAGGAGCACAGAAAAGAUAGAGAUAAAAGGUUGGUCAUCAGCGGUCGCUGUCCAUUCCAAUGCCUAACACGGUUCAGAAUUGGACGUGGUGCCAUGGAGGUGGAGUUUGCUCCAGGAGCCAUGCUAAAGCUCAAAACCCUUCGUUUGGACUUUCAUGUACGGAAUACCAUGGAUCAGUCUGGCGAUUUCGACUUCCAUCUAGAGAACCUCUCUUCACUUGAGCAUGUCAUUGUCCAUAUGAACUGUUACUACGCGGGACUUAGGGAGGUGGAGGACGCGGCAGCUUCAAUACGGAAGGCACUCGACUUGAAUCCCAACAAACCCACACUUGAGUUAGAGAAGCAUGGUGAUUCAUGGAGAUCUGGUUGACGUUCCUGUCUCUAAGGCAUAUUAACGGAUAUUUUGCUGUCAUUGAUUAAACCUCAAACCUCAAAAUGUAUGGCGUCACUGAACCUCCUCAUUCAUAUUACUGAUUACCCUAACAGUGUUUCUCCUGCCGUGUAAAAGAGGCAGUGGCUCCUGCUUAGAAGGAACCUCGUUUGAGAGCUUCGAAGAACAAGAGCUAAGAUAAUCUGAGCGGCUAUUCUUUGGAGAAAGGCAAGUGUGUCCUUGUGCUUUUAUCCCAAUAACUAUAUUUAAUCACUUUUGCAUUGCUCUGCAUUUAACAUUGAUGGGUUCUAUUAAGGUUUGCCUAGAUUUUAUGAUCAUUCCUUGUCAAACUAUGUUUUAUCUUUUUGUUGGGUAGAUAUGCUUCUUUUUGUUGGGUAUAUAUGCUUAUUUGCAAUACCUUGGGUUAUGGGUGGUUUAACAAACUCAAUGAUUAAACUUGUUUUAUUUAUACUAUAUCUUCCAUUAAUACAAGAUUACCAUGCUUAAUUGGAAUAUGGAGCG